UUUCGUUUCCGUGUUUCUCCUGUUCGCUGCGAACCGGCCCCCAAGUUGAACGACAACCAGAAAUAAUGCUACGGUCGUUCCCACCAGUGCAUCCAUCUCAUCGUCCCAAACACACGAAAUAUAAGAUGUAGGCAGCGAUGCUCCUUGCCGCCUCUCACCUAUACACACACAUACACAUACACACAUACACCAACCACACACACAUCAUGCCCCACAUUAAAGACGUCCUGCUCCCUUCUCUGCCUCUUUCCUCGUCACUGCCUCACUCACCCCUUUCAGCGAUAUGGCAUAGAAUCCCUUGGUCCUCUUCUCGAUGUCCUCUCCCUUCAGGUCCCUCUUGUAUCGAUUGAUGAAGGAGGUGAUAUCACUCAGACACAUUUGCUGGUAGUCCUCAGUGCGCCGCCUGCCAUCGUGCUCAAAGGCGUCGUUGGUAGUUCUUUUGUAGAGGUGGCUGGGGAGGGCGUCGCGGCACUCCAAGAGCAUAUUUGUCGCGUGCACAGUCCUGCUGGUAUGUCGGUACAGUGUAGAGGAUACACAAGCUACAAGUCACACGAGCCAACGAGCUCUUGUUUUGCGUCUCUACCGUUGGAGCGCGUACCCUCCUAUGAAUAUUGUCAUUGUCCCUGUUUCCGUCUGUAGGUGGCAGAGGAUUGGUGGCCACCUGUGGAGACACAAUAUGGAAACAAGCGGCUGGUGGUCUCCUUCUCCCAAUCGAUCGGACGAAGUGUACCCACAAGGCCUCUCUGCUUUGUACCUUCAGGCCUUGCUGCUGCUUGUUCCCUGUGGCCUUGUCCAUCUCGCUGUCUUCGUUGUGGAUGUCCUGCUGCAGCACAGCAGGUGGCCGCAGAGACACACGGGGACCAAACGUUGGCGUGACUGUGGCCCCCUCCAUGUGCCUACUGUCUUUCGGCGGUUGUCAAGUUCACGUUUCUUGUCCCUGUCCUGGAGUUCCUGUGGACAACAAACAGUAGAAUGGAUGGAUGGAUGGAUAGAUGGCUGGAUGUAUUGUGUAGUCCUUGGAUGCCCGUACAAUGAUGAGUGCAUGAAUGGAUCGACCCGCGUCUGGCGGUAUCCAGCCCGCCUCGACUGUCGGCCCAGCCCUUCCGUCUCGAUGGGGCGCUUCACCACCAGACGCUCAAAGUAGCCCAUCACCCAACGCACAGCCCCGACCCUUCUGCUGGUCGGAUACACCGCGACGAGCUGCCACAGGACGGUCUUGGUGGCCUCUCGCCGGCUGCGGAAUUUCUCCUCGGUGCCCUGGAGGACCUUGUCAAUGACGCUGCUGUUGUUGCCGUCCGAGCGCAUGUUCACCGUGGGCACGCUGAAGUGGUCGAGCAGUGAGUUGAUGAAAUCCUCGCACGUCUGGGAGCGCUUGCCGAGGCACGCCAGUGCAAUUGAGAACCAGCCGAGCGUUUCUCUCUCGGCGUCUUCUAUCCGGUCCACGGCCGACUGGGGCAUCCUGAGCAUGCCCGACGCCGCCGCUGCCUCCUUGCUGCCGUCGCCCUGCCCCUCCCUGUUGUCCCUCUCCUCUGUGACGAGCCCGACGGCUUCCGGCGAGUCAGCAGCGGUGUGGCGGCCCCUGUCGUCGUAAUACUCGCUGUCGGGCACCGGCUGCACCUGGUCGCGAUGCUGCCGGUACAUGUAGACGAGGUAGAGCAGCUUCGGAUCUAUGCUGAGCCGCCAUUCGGGCACCCUCACGACCGCCCCCCCGACGAGCUUGACGCCAGAGAGGAAGGAGGUGUAUGACAGCGAGGCCGAGAACGUGUCGGUCGACAUGUCGAAUCCCGGGAACUCCAGUGCCAGCUUCAGGAGCAUCUGGAACUUGCUGGGGCUCCCCAGGAGGUCCAU